AUGGAGCGCCCCUCAUAUACAACACUGGACACCCAGUCACCAACACCGGAAGCCAUUUCAAUGGCGCGGCGACGUGACUCAAUGAGAAGCAGUUUUAGUGUUGCCACGGAUGUCGGAAUGGCUCGCAACGAGAUUUUUGACGGACCAAUAUCCGAAAGCAUCCCAUCUAGCGUCGCUUCGUUCUCCCGUCGCCGCAUCAGAAGAGACUCCAAUAUAAGUCUCUCAUAUUAUCAUCAAGAGCCGGAUGAUUCCAUUGAAUGGCCUCGUAGGGAGUCCUUAGACCUCGAGAACGGUGUCGAUGAACCGGUUACUGCUGAGCUUGAUGAUGACACAAACGAAUCUAUGAAAUUUUCGUACAGAUCAAGACAAUAUUCCUACCGCCGGAGCUCUGUUGAAGAUCCACUACUUCCACAGCGUUCAUUAUCUGUCAGCUCUAUUAAUAAAAGGCCUCUGGGAGGUGGUGGAAUCCAGCAGGAACUUUAUAUCGCGUCCGAAGAUACGACCAUCGUUAUAGCCGGUUUUACCACAGCCACAAGCGGGGCUAUCUUAUACUACUCCUUGUGUGUUUUGACCUUCGGAUUUGCCUUUCUAUUGUUCAGAUGGCUCCCAAGAUGGCGAAUAUGUCUAUUAGGUAGGCCGUCGCCGUUGACUUCGUGUCAAUGGGUGGUGGUUGAGGAUCAAUGGAAACAACUCAGCAUAUGCGAAGUCUACAAUCGAGCAUAUGAGCAACCUCUUUCUACGAUAUUUGCCGACACCUAUCGGUAUACAUACGACGAGGAUAGCGACCCUACCGUUGAACGACUCAGACAUUUCGACUACAGGUAUUUACGUCUCUUCUACCACCCCCUGGAGGACAAAUUUCUCUUGAUUAGUGGCUGGAAAGACCCGUCCUGGACGAACGCAAAGUCUAUGAGGGUUGGACUCAAUGCCGACGAUCGUGAUAGCCGUGAACAGAUUUUUGGUAAAAACGCUAUUGAUAUUCAACAACGGUCGCUAUUUAAACUCCUAACGGAUGAGGCUUUUCACCCAUUUUACAUCUUCCAACUUGCCAGUCUUGUUCUUUGGUCUCUGGACUCGUACUACUACUACGCUGCUUGCAUCUUCAUUAUUUCCGUCAUUAGCAUAGGAACUACAGUUGUUGAGACCACUGCAACAACGCGACGCCUGAAAGAGAUGUCUCUCUUUGAAUGUGAUAUUCGUGUUCUUAGAAAUGGGUUUUGGAGAUCUGUUUCAUCUCAGGAGCUAGUUCCUGGAGAUGUAUUUGAGUUUUCUGACCCUUCCCUGAACCAGGUUCCAUGCGAUUGUAUCUUACUAUCUGGGGAUUGUAUUGUAAAUGAAAGCAUGCUCACAGGCGAAUCGGUUCCGGUUUCGAAAACCCCCUUGACAGAUGAUGCUCUCGACUAUCUUAAUCUCAGUGCACCUUCGGUUCAUUCAAAUGUUGCCAGGCAUUUUCUAUUUAACGGGACUAAGAUCAUCAGAGCACGACGCCCUCAGGGAGUUGAUGAUGACGAGGCGAUUGCGCUGGCAAUUGUCAUGAGGACUGGGUUUCUAACUACUAAAGGAGCUCUCAUUCGCUCAAUGCUUUUUCCGAAGCCUUCGGGCUUUAAAUUCUACCAGGACUCGUUUCGUUAUAUAUCCGUCAUGGGCCUAAUUGCUUUUCUAGGCUUCAUCGCAUCUUUCGUUAAUUUUGUGCGCCUAGGGGUAAGUCCUCUUUCGUGGAGCUUGAUCAUUGUCAGGGCGCUUGACUUGAUUACAAUCGUUGUUCCCCCGGCACUGCCAGCUACAUUAACAAUCGGAACCAACUUUGCUCUGUCUAGAUUGAAAAAGAAAAGGAUUUUCUGCAUUAGUCCCCAGAGAGUCAAUGUGGGCGGUAAGCUUGAUGUGAUUUGCUUCGAUAAAACCGGUACCCUCACCGAGGAUGGUUUAGAUGUCCUUGGAAUACGAACAAUGACUCGACAUCAAAGACUAUCUGAACUUAUAUCCGACACAUCAUCCAAACCAGACCCGGUUUCCGCCUUAUCUCAAGGAUUUGAUAGCUAUGAUAUUAUCAUCCGCAUCAUGGCGACGUGUCACUCUCUGCGAGUAGUAGACGAUGAGCUCCUAGGCGACCCGUUGGAUGUGAAGAUGUUUCAGUUUACAGGGUGGUCUUUUCAAGAGGGUGGAGGCCUGGCACCCGAGCACCAAAAUUCCGAAAACGAAACCAUCGUUCCUUCUGUUGCCCGUCCGCCCAAUGCCACAGCGUCCAUGAGCGGUAGCGAUCAUGAUAUUGUGAAUGGAACUGUGGAGCUCGGUAUCUUACGGAGUUUCGAAUUUGCCUCGCAACUUCGCCGUGCAAGUGUGAUUGUAAGACAAUUUGGUGAUAGUGGUGCCACUAUUUUUGUAAAAGGUGCACCAGAAAGCGUCAAGGAUAUCUGUCGCCCAGGAAGCUUACCCUCGGAUUUUGAAGAGAUUCUAAGCCAGUAUACACACAACGGCUACCGCGUCAUCGCUUGUGCUGCUAAAUAUGAACAAAGGUUAAGUUGGAUGAGAAUCCAGAAAAUAACGCGCGCGGAUGCAGAGGCAGGCCUGGAGUUUGUCGGGUUUAUAGUCUUCGAGAAUAAGCUGAAACCGAAGUCUACCGAAACGAUCGCUGAGCUGAACAAGGCCAACAUAAGAAACAUUAUGUGUACGGGCGAUAAUAUACUUACAGCAGUAAGUGUUGCCCGGGAGUGUGGGAUACUGGGAAUUGAAGACCAAUGUUUUAUACCACGGUUUAUCGAAGAUGUGGGGGCUAAAAAAGAGCAGCCAGUGUUAUGUUCCGGUGAAGCUAAUCCGUCCCUUCCUGAGGAUCCCUACAACGCUUGCAAAUUCUCGCUCGCAAUCAGCGGUGACAUUUUUAGAUGGAUUCUAGAUUAUGAGAACGAAACUGUUGUGAAAAGGAUGCUUGCUCGUGGAAAUGUGUUUGCGCGAAUGUCCCCCGACGAAAAGCACGAACUUGUGGAAAAGCUUCAAUCACUUGAUUACUGCUGUGGGUUCUGUGGCGAUGGUGCUAAUGACUGCGGAGCAUUGAAGGCUGCAGAUGUUGGCAUAUCCCUGUCGGAAGCCGAAGCCUCUGUAGCAGCCCCCUUUACCAGCCGCCAAUUUGACGUUACUUGCGUCCCGACUCUGAUCAGAGAGGGCCGUAGCUCACUGGUCACGAGUUUCUGCUGCUUCAAGUAUAUGAGCUUGUAUUCAGCAAUCCAGUUCGCAACUGUCAGCUUUCUAUACACAACAGCGUCUAACCUCGGAGACUUCCAAUUUUUAUUCAUCGACCUUACUCUCAUAUUACCAAUCGCGGUCUUUAUGGGAUGGACUGCUCCCUAUCCCGUUCUUUCAUGGAAGCGACCAACUGCAGACCUUGUCUCCAGAAAGGUCUUGACGCCAUUGCUCGGGCAGAUAAUUGUAUGCGUAGUUGUCCAGCUCAUAGCCUACAAAUCUGUCCAGUCACAACCCUGGUUCAAAGCUCCCAAUACAGACCUAGGAGAGGACAAUAUCGAGAACUCGGAAAACACCGUUCUAUUCUUGACAUCCAGCUUCCAGUAUAUAUUGGCAAGUGUUGUUUUGAGUGUGGGCCCACCGUUUCGAAACCCAAUGAAGUCGAAUAGGCCACUCCUUGCUGUCAUAUUUAUAGACUUAUUUUUUUCGGUCUAUAUGCUUUUCAGACCAUCCAGUUGGGUAAAGCGGGUUAUGCAGUUGACGUACUUAUCAGACGGGUUUGCUACAUGGUUGCUUGGACUAGCCAUUGGAGGCUUCUUGUUCGCUUGGUUCGCAGAGCGAACAAUAUUUCCCCAACUUGCUCGCAUUAUUGGACACCUGAAAAUCGCCAUGCUGCCAGGUCAUCAGAAGCAACGACGCCGGUAUAAAAUACUGCUUGAGGAGAUGAAUAGAUAG